AUGGAUGAAGAAUACAAUCGGCGCAGAGAUUGUAGAUUGCGCCAGGCUGAGAGUACCAAAGAUGUCAAGAAACGUCUCUCUUCGAAGACGUUUGAGCUGAUACGCCAGCGUGGAAACGCGCGAGAUGCAGGCGAUAACCAGCUAACGUCCGAACUUGCAAAGCUAUGCAGAGAAGCGAUAAAGGAGGAUCUGAAAGAGAGAAGAACAGCAGUUUUGACUAAAGCCGCCGAGGCUGGAAAGAGCAUCCGUCAAGCCCGCCGGAGUUUAGUCAAUUGUGAGACCAAGAUGACUUCCCUUCGUCGUCCUGACGGAACUGCUACUGUAUCCCGAAAGGCAACGGAGAAGGUCAUCUACGAUUUCUACUCUACUAUACAACCCUGCCUACCUACCAUCUUAGGCAAGACGGAUACGUUGUCCCUUCAGUUCUCCCUUCCGAAAUUCGACACGCCACCAAUUUAAUGAGGAAUGGGGCUGGCACCCGGUCCCGACAGGAUCGAAGCAGAACAUCUAAAGAGCUUUCCCCCAGUCAUUGUCACAACCUUGGCUCGGCUUUUCACGCGGUACCUGCCGCAAUGCAAAGUGGCCACUUCUAGGAAAACUAGCAAGACCGUGCUGCUGUAUAAGAAAGGGGAUCUAGGCGUCAUUGGCAAUUGCGCCCAGUUUACCUGCUGUCUGUAG